AUGGCUUCUCAAGCUAAUGGGGACACCUGGUUGUCCAUGCAAGACUCUUACCAACCGGAUACGAACCCUCACCCGUUUGACACCACCUCUCAAGGUAGGCAACCUGAUCCCCAGGUAUACGGAUAUCAGCACGACAGGCGGUCCUUUCCAGCUGGAACCCACCCCUUUGACCCCAACAACCCAGCUAGUCAACACUCAUACUCACCGCACCAGCCUGGUGGCGGGGGCAGCGGGCCUUUGAUGGAAAAUGGCCAUGUUGGCGGCCCUCCGAUCAACUCUCAAGGUAGCGGCGGCCCAGCGAUGAGACAUGGCGCCGUUGGCGGCCCUGUCGUGGGACAUGGCGGUGUUGGCUGCGCUCCGAUUGGGUCUCAAGUUAGUGGCGGCCCUCCGAUUGGCUCUCAAGGUAGUGGCGGCCCUCCAAUCAGAUCUCAACGGUGGCCCAGGCGGUCAUGGCGGCGAGGUGCCCCUGUGAUUGGCUCCCACGGCAGCGGCGGCCAUACCCACCCCAACACCCCCCCUGUGGCCCCGCUCGGGCGCCAUCGGGCGCCCGAUACCGGCGGGCUUGGACCCAUGCGCUCACCGCGACGAGCCAGUCUAGUCCCCUCACCUACUCCGUACGCCAGGUAUGAAAGCCGACAACAUUUGGGCGACAAGGUGGAUUACCAAUCCAACUCCAGCGGGGCACCUCCAAGCUGGAUAAGCCAAAAUCACACAAGCUCGGACACGUCAACAGCCUCGCUGCGCACUGAGACGGUGACCUGGAUCCGGGAUAACAUUGGCGAGCUUCAAGCCUGCCUGAAAAAACCCGAAGAGCUGGUGAAGAUUGCUCAGCCCCUCUUCAAUAUACCAAAGCAGGAACGCUGGCCAGCAACAGUUGUGUUGCAACUCGCCGCUUUUGAAGCCUUGGCCGCAAAGCUGGAGACCCAGGAACGACCCGCUGCUGUAGCGGUAGAAGCUCCGAGCAACUCAUUAGUGGCCUUUGUCAGCACAACCCUACGACGAGUUCUCUUGAGCCCUGACCUUGAUUCGUUUGGCCGCCAGUCCUCCCUCAAGAAUCACGAUGCGAAGACACCAUACUCCCUUGUCAAAGAAGCCAUUGAUCAGCAAAGCGAGGAAUGGCUCCAAACCCAUCUUUCAGUGAAAUGGCGAGACAACGCCGAGCUCGUCGAGAAGGUGGACCAGGCAAUCCAUAACCAAUUGAAAAACCAAAAGAGCGUAUUGUUGACUAUCAUCAAGAACGGUCUAGCGAACCCCAAAGGAGUCCCCAAGCUCAGCAAACUUGUACCCGAAGUGUAUCGGCAGAUGACAACUAGAUAUAAAGACGUCGAAAACCAUAAGAUAAACGCCGAUUCAAGCAUAACCAACGCGGCAAAGGCCAGAUUGGCCUACCUCAGGCUCAUGAUUCACCUGAAUCAGCUUCAACAAGCGAAAAGCAAGGGGAAGAAGAGCUCAGCCCCCCCCCCACUUCUGGACUGCCAUUGA